AACCAAGUUUCAACCAUUGGGCUGAAUACUCACAAUGUCGUUAUCAAGUAAACUUUCUGUCACAGAACUUGAUUUGAAGGGCAAGCGUGUCCUUAUCCGCGUGGACUUUAAUGUUCCUAUGAUGGAGGGUAAAAUCACUAAUCCUGCGCGCAUCGUGGCUGCCAUCCCUACUAUCAAGUAUGCUCUUCAGAAUGGGGCUUCUACUGUAGUGCUUAUGUCGCAUCUUGGUCGCCCGGAUGGCAAGGUCGUGGAUAAAUAUUCUUUAAAGCCCGUAGCCCUAGAGCUUGAAAGGCAAAUCGGCCAUCCUGUUACUUUCAUUUCGGAUUGCGUCGGGCAAGAGGUGAAAACCGCUGUCAAUUCUGCUUCUCCCGGCACCAUCAUUCUGCUGGAGAACUUGCGGUUUCACAUAGAGGAAGAAGGGUCCAUAAAAAACAAGGACGGGACAAAAACUAAGGCAGACUUCGCCAAAAUUACGGAAUUUCGUGAAGAGUUGACAAAACUUGGGGACGUCUAUGUUAACGACGCCUUUGGUACAGUUCACCGCGCGCAUUCUAGUAUGGUUGGUGUCAAACUGCCCCAAAGAGCAGCUGGGUUCCUAGUCAAGAAGGAGCUGGACUACUUCGCGAAAGCACUCGAAAAUCCUGACAGACCGUUUCUAACCAUCCUUGGCGGGGCGAAGGUGUCUGACAAGAUACAGCUCAUCGAAAACAUGUUACCGAAGGUUGAUUCACUAAUUAUCUGCGGUGGUAUGGCCUUCACAUUCAAGAAAAUCCUUGACAAUAUGUCGAUAGGAGAUUCUCUAUUUGAUCAAGCAGGAUCAGAGAAAGUCACCGCAUUAGUAGAGAAAGCUAGAGAAUAUAACGUGAAACUUGUUUUUCCCGUUGACUAUAUCACGGCGGACAAAUUUGACAAGAAUGCAAAGACCGGUGUUACUUCUGCCUCGGAUGGCAUACCUGAUGGGUGGAUGGGCCUAGAUGCGGGUCCCGAGAGUCGUGAAUUAUUCCGUCAGAUGGUUUUGGAAGCAAAGACGAUUCUAUGGAACGGCCCUCCCGGCGUAUUCGAGUUUCCUGCAUUUGCAGCAGGCUCCAAGUCACUCCUUGACGCCAACGUUGAAGCGGCACGAAAUGGUGCCACAGUCAUUAUUGGGGGUGGGGAUACUGCGACCGUAGCAGCACAAUAUGGUGCUGAAGGACAAUUAAGCCAUGUCAGUACUGGUGGGGGUGCCAGCCUCGAAUUACUCGAAGGAAAGACUCUUCCCGGUGUUGCAGAACUGAGCGAGAAGUGAUUCCAUAUGAAUAUACUGUAGUGGACUUCAUAAACAAUGUACUGUAGAUUCGGCACUAGGUUCAUCCCAGUGGCAACUCCGCCGUUCCAAGGAAAAUCACCGAAUUUGGUAGGCCUGAGUGACCGAAUCGAUCCGAUCGAUUUCCGAUUUUCG